GAUUUUCCAUGUUUAGCUCGCUUGGUAACUGGAGUGGGGAACUUCCAUGCACUUAAUUUUAUUCUUGGUAUCCUUAUUGAAAAUGGUCAGCUCGAUCUUCUUCUUCAGAAGUUUUCAGCUGCUGUUGAUGCCAACGAUGCUGACGAGGAAGUAAGAGGAUUCAGAAUGGCUGUUCUCACAUUACUCAAGCAAUUUAAUCCCAAUGAUCUCGAUGCAUUUGCCAUGGUUUAUAGCCGCUUUGAUAUGAAAAAUGAGACUGCUUCUCUUUUGGAGUCACGAGCACACCAAUCUUGUAAGGAGUGGUCCCUCCGUUCUGACAAGGAUCAGACUGAUGAGCUCUUGGCUUCCAUGGGGUACUUCAUUGAAGCUGCUGAAGUUUACUCUUCAAUUGAUGCUGGGAGCAAAACACGCCAAAGUUGUGCUCAGGCAUUACUUCUCUAUCUUCAGAUUCGGAUGCCAGACUUGCACUUCAUCUAUCUCUCUGAAACUAAUGCACGGAGGGCCUUGGUCGAACAAACCCGUUUCCAAGAAGCACUAAUUGUUGCUGAAGCUUAUGGUCUUAACCAGCCAGGUGAAUGGGCUCCAGUACUUUGGAAUCAAAUGCUAAGACCAGAGCUCAUUGAACGGUUUAUGGCUGAGUUUGUUUCUGUGCUCCCCCUUCAACCCUCAAUGCUUCUUGAACUUGCUAGAUUUUACAGGGCUGAAGUGGCUGCAAGGGGGGAUCAGUCACAAUUUUCUAUGUGGUUGACCGGGGGAGGGCUCCCAGCUGAUUGGGCGAAAUAUCUCGGGAGAUCAUUCAGAUGUUUGUUGAGAAGGACUAGGGACUUGAGGUUGCGAUACCAACUGGCUACCAUCGCAACAGGAUUUACCGAUGUGAUUAAUGCGUGCAAUAAAGCAUUCGAUAAAGUCCCUGACAGUGCUGGGCCUCUUGUCUUGAGGAAAGGUCAUGGAGGAGGUUACCUUCCACUGAUGUAAUAAGAGACUCAACAUGAGGCCUCUUACAAUCGGUAUUCAGUUUUGAGUUUCUGUCCACCAAAUUUAGCUUUUGUAGGAAGCAGCCUGAAUUCUUGAAGACACAAGAGGUGAUUAGGUGUGAUGAGUUGAUGAUCUGCAAAUUUUGGCAUCAUUUUAUUUGUUCAUUUGCCCAACUUACUUUUCCAACUGAGCUGAAGCCUGGUAAAACUAAGUGAAGUGUUGU